GCCUAUCAGCUGUUCCCUCAACGGCACGCACUCACGUAUUUUUCGAAUCCAAAGACCUUUUGUAAAAAUUCCCUUAAAAUUAAGUAGAUUAAAGUUAGCCCGAUAGAACACACCCGGAAAAAUGAGUGAAAUCAGUGCCUCUGAAAAGCUGGAGUACGUGAAAUCCAAGAUUGGCAAAUAUCCAGACUUUCCAAAAGCGGGCAUAGUGUUCCGCGACAUUUUCGGAGCCCUCACCGAUGCCAAGGCCUGCGCUUAUCUGAGGGAUUUACUGGUGGAUCACAUCAGGGAAAGCGCUCCCGAGGCUGAAAUCAUUGUGGGCCUGGACUCACGGGGCUUUCUCUUCAAUCUGCUGAUAGCCACCGAACUGGGAGUGGGAUGUGCCCCCAUUCGCAAGAAGGGCAAGCUAGCGGGCGAGGUGGUUUCCGUGGAAUACAAACUGGAGUACGGUAGUGACACCUUCGAGAUCCAGCGCUCUGCUAUUAAGCCCGGGCAGAAGGUGGUCAUUGUGGAUGAUCUUCUUGCCACCGGUGGUUCCCUGGUGGCCGCAUCUGAGCUAAUCCGCAAUGUCGGUGGCAUUAUUGUCGAAAGUCUGGUGGUUAUGGAGCUCGUCGACCUGGAGGGUCGCAAGAGGCUGGAUGGAAAAGUGCAUUCCCUGAUAAAGUACUGAGAGUUAAUCAAAAUGUGGCAAAAGGCCCUCUACAUAUGCAUUUACCUGUUACCUCUGAAAGCAACUUUUCAUUUAGCAAAUUUUCAUACCAACUGUAAAAUGUUAACAUUUUGUAAAUCAAAAAAUUAUUUUUAUAAAGCUAUAGAUUUGAAUUU